AUGGCAGCUCGAGGCCCCCCUGGUGCUCGCGGAAUGGGCAACCGCUUCGCCCAGUUCAAGCUGGUGCUCCUAGGUGAAUCUGCUGUCGGAAAGAGCUCCAUAGUGCUGCGGUUUGUCAAGGAUCAAUUCGACUCGUACAGAGAAUCUACGAUCGGCGCUGCUUUCUUAACACAAACCAUUUCGCUCGAUGAGAACACCACAGUCAAGUUCGAGAUCUGGGACACAGCCGGCCAGGAAAGAUACAAGUCUUUGGCACCCAUGUAUUACCGAAACGCGAACUGCGCCGUGGUCGUCUACGAUAUUACCCAAGCUUCGUCCCUCGACAAGGCAAAGGCGUGGGUGAAGGAACUGCAACGACAAGCGAACGAGAACAUAAUCAUUGCCCUGGCUGGUAACAAGCUUGAUCUGGUUACCGAACAGCCAGACAAACGGGCGAUCUCGGCUGCGGAUGCCGAAGCGUACGCCAGAGAAGCCGGCUUGCUCUUCUUCGAGACCUCAGCAAAGACGGCCGAGAAUGUCCGGGAACUAUUUACGGCAAUCGCGAAGAAGUUGCCGCUUGACCAGGUCGGCCCCCGACAUGCCCGGCCAGGCCAACGACCCGGCGUCAGCCUAGCGCCGGAGAACUCGAAUACUCAAAGCAGCGGCCCUUGCAGUUGCUAG